AUGGUAUCAGUAAUAAAGUUGUUGGUAUCGUUGACUACCUUUGGUGCUGUCUAUAGCGCGAGCGGUAAGUUGUGAAUUAUGUGAUGUAGAAGACAUAACAACUAAAGCCGUAUUUUUGUCCCCAACAUUUGCAGUUAUUGUUUGAAACUAUACUCCCAGUAUAGCUUAUUAGGAUGUGUACCUGUCAUUUUGUAAACUCGUUUCAUAUCGUCAAAACCCGAUACUAUAGCGUUUUAGGGUGUCGCAAAUAACACUGUCCUUUCGCUCAUAUAUAUAUAUUUUUUGACUUUUUAUCGUUAUUGUUAAUAAGCUUACAUAGAACAUCUCGGCUACUGAGAGUAGGCUUUGAUAGAUUGUGUUGGCAAAAGUAGCAUAAUAUGCUACUAGCAGUGCUCCUACAUUUCUAAAAUUAUGCCAACAACUGUGCUGGUUUUGUAAAUUAUGCUCAUUGUUUAGCCAAAAAUGCAGAAAUCGUGCUUCAGCUUUUUACUAAAUUGAGUAAAAACACCUCAACAUCUAUGUAAAACACAAGUAAAUGGCAAACACACUUACCCUAUUUUCAUGUAGAAACUUUAAGAGGGCAUAAUUCAUUGUCUAAAACCUUUAAAGACUCAAUCAAUUAACAACCAGCAAGCAGACGCCAUCUUGGGUAACCGCCGAGCAAGUUAUGCGCAUGCAUUCGAGCCCCAGGCCUUCGUCAGAACGAAUCCGCCAAGCAAGCGAGCGACCAACAAGUCAUCAAGUGACAAAGAAGAUACAAAGCAGCCUUCCCGGGUAUAUAUUUUUAAGAAAACGCGAAAUAAAACUUUAAAGUAAAAUUUCGUCCCCGUAUUGGUCCUCGUCUUUGAAUAAAAAAGGUCUUUAAAGGGGGGAGAUCUCCGCAAAGUUAGUAAGUUAGCUACAUGCAGUGGAACUUUGGAUUCGCUCUAACGAAGGGCCUAUGCUCGAAAAAUCCAGCCUCUCAAAUCCCCACCCCCCCCCCUCCAGUCUACCUUCAGUUGUAAAAUCAGGAUAAACCCAGAUUUUUGCGUUUUACACCACCAUCAACGCAUCACCACAGUUUCCUUGUUAACUAGCCCCUUUAUUUAUAGUUAUCUUUAUUAUGUUUAAUUUUAUCUUUUUCAGAGGGAAAAUGGGGCUAUGUAAACCUCACAAGUGAUGACGGUUAGUAUAACUGGAGCUACAUAAACCUUUAGUUAGUUACUGUCCUUCUGUAUUAGAGCGAACUUUGAUCUUGUACGCAAAAUGCAAUUUGUUAAAAAACCUCGAGAUCUGGGAAAUCCAUGACAGUUUCUUGAGAAUAAGAAAUCCUAAAGAGGCGUUCAAAGAAGAUACAGCCAUAGAAGACAGUGUAAGCUUUUGAGCCAGACGAGAAUAAAGCAUGUUAUAAGACAGUUAUUUCUCGUCCACCUUAAUAUGACUUUGAAUGGCAUCUCCUUCAUUCUAAUCUAACUUACCCUCUGAAGAGAUUUCAGUGUAAUGAACAUAUAGUGUAGAAAUUAGUUUGGUAAUUCAUACUAAACGUAUGAUUAGUGGAAAAGUGUCGUGCGACUUUCACACAAAUCAUGAGAAAAGUCAGAUUGACUCGCUCACAAGCGUUUUUAACCAAGCAAUAAAUUCGUGAAUUUGUUUUGGCGUCUCAUUGUUUGAUUGAAUUAUUUAUUUUAUGUUAUGUUUGAAGGGGUUGGUUCUGAAACAAACUGUACAGAGCUGCGUCGGUUUGGGGGUCAAACAGGAACAAGUACUAAGUUUUAUCAACGACAAUUAGUUUUGUCAACGUUGAUAAAGUCACUUUUAUAAUAAUCACCUUUAUAGGGUGUUCCGUCGGAUUGCGGGUGAAACGAGAACAAUAGUUUUAUCAACAAAGUUUAUAAAAUUACUUUUUACCACCUUAAAAGUGCGUUAAUAAAACCAAAUUUGUCGAAUUUCAGUACUCUCAUUAACAUCUGAUUUUUAAAGAGCAGCUUCAAUUUAUCUGGCUUUUAUCGUCGUCUUGUUGAUAGAAGUGACUGCUAUGGCAUGUUUUGGGUCAGAGCGAAUAACACAAGUUUCGUUCUAACGAAGGUAGGUUUUUGUACAUUACGCUUUUAAUUUGUUUCCCCACUAAAAUGCUCCAUUUUUUAAUUUCCUUGUUCGUUAUAGUGAAAGGUCCGGAAGACUGGCCCGAUCUAGAGCUGGAAAAACCCAAUCACUGUGGUAAAAAAAGACAAUCCCCAAUAAACAUCAAAAAAAGCGAGGUUGAGGAAGAAGAUAGCUACCGUCGUUUAAAAAUCACUUUUGACAACAAAAGGGGACUUGUUACUGGAACGUUUGAAAACACUGGGCAUUCACCUAAACUUAUAAUUGCUGAUUCCAAUGGAGCUUCACUAACUGGAGGUCCCCUGGGGAAGAACAAAUUCGAAUUGCUCGAGUUUCAUGUUCACUUUGGCUGUGUUAAUAAACGCGGGUCUGAACACAAGCUCAAUGGAAAACAACUGUCUGGUGAGGUAAGUGACAACAACGACGUGAACCUUUUUUCUUUUACGUUUGACUCAGUUCGGUAUUUCUCAUAUCCUGGCCCGCGAUAUCUUUGUUAAGGGAAACGAUUGCAAUGGUCGAAAUGAUUACCCAGGACGGGAAUGUAUAUACAUUUCCAAUAUUAGGUGCUGAGCCAUAUUACUCGCAAUUGCGGGCGCAGUGCUUUCUUGAGUGAUCUUUCAGUGGGCAACAAAGUGGGGGUAUGCAAAAGUUGAAAAAGACUAACCAGAAGUUAUUGUUGUAUAGAAAACAUCUUACUAUUUAGAGACUAAACGAUCAAGUGCCUCUACUAGGUCCCUACUUGAACCAACUCAUCGGGAAUGACCUUAAACUUGCUUGUUUUCCCCAGCUUCACAUGGUAUUUGGUCAUGAUGAAAAACCACGAGCUGUUGUAGCCGUUUGGAUUAAGGUACAACCUGCAGUCUACCUUCCUUCCUGCAAUUCGUCCUUUAUAUAAAUAUUACAACUUAAAUAUGCAGAGCAACCUUCCCCUCCCCUUCCCCUCUUUCGUAAAGAAGUAAAAUCCUAUUCCUGCAAAACGUGGCUAUAACCAUCCAGAGACAAAAAAAUUCCAAUAAUUCAGAGCAGUUUGCUAUGAAAGUGGUAGUCUAUUUACUCAUGAAUAUUUUUUAUUUCCUUUAAAUUAAAUAAGGCCGAAAUGUAAAGCCUACAGAGACUUUCAUUAAUUUUUAACCAGUUGUGUCACCUUCGAAAAAAAACGGGCAUCUAAACCAGUCAAAAAAAUUAAAAUAAUGAAUUCUUGAGAAGUCUAUUUGGAUGCAUCUCAAUACAUGUGUGACUUGAACGGGAAAUUAAAAUUAUAACCCUUUUGAAAGACGGCGUCAUUUUACUUCUACGACCAUAAUCCUUUCGUUUUUCCUGUUCAUAUAUAAAUUUGGUAAUCCCAGCGAGGAUGCAAUUACCAAAGCUCUAAUUUGAAACAAAGCAAACCCAUGAAGGAUUCUGGUCGUAGUAGUAGAGUGACGUCAUCUUGACGUCAUUCUAAAUUGUUUAAUUAUUAUAGGCACGUUCCAAGGGAAACAAAAUUUUUGGAAAGUUGGCAAAUCUGAUGCACCACAUUAUCAAGCCUGGUAGGUGUUUUAGAGAAACUAAAAGCGAAGAAUACGGAAACAGCCAAAACCCACCACCAUCUAGCAGCUACUAUUUAAUUGUGAUAACAUAG